GUGCUUCCUGUUUAUCCGAGGCGUUCCGAAUAAGAUGUAAAUGUCUGGCUAGCGACGUUUUAAUUUCCCUUUUUUUUCCGUUUCAAUGCCUUAUUACCGUUAUAAGCAACAAUGACAGCAGCAGUACACAGAAAAGGAACUUUCAUUUUAUCAGAUCCAGAGCCAAUAAGGGAGUCUGGUUUGGACAAGCAAAAUGUUAUGCGACUGCGAAUUAACAGAAUUGCUCUUGUCCAAGAACUACGUGUGGAACACAUUCUUGGCCACCUAGUAGAGUGUGGAGUUCUGUCUGAGGACGACUUGAGGAGGAUUAAUGCUGGUUCAACAGCGGCUGAUAAAGCUCGAGUACUUGUUGAUCUUCUUCCAGCAAAAGGACAGCACAUUGAUUGGUACAGAGCAUUUAGAGAGGCAUUGCAAAAUCCUGAUGCUGGACAGGAAGUUAGAAAGCGAUACAAAUUGUUGGUUGAAUUUCUCGACAACACUGUUAUCCACAGACCAAAUUCACAACACACAAAGUUUUCUGAAGUAGAAUCUCCAAGACAUAAAUUACCUCGAUAUAAACCGCUUCCCUCCAUCAAAUCUCCAGAUGGUGAAGCACAGAAUGUUCUAAAUAUAGAAGAGGAGAGGAAGCAGGAGGAGGAGAAGGUGCUGAGAGAGAUCGAGGAGACAGAGGAGAAAUAUCCGACAUGGAGUGGCAGGUUUGAGAAGACAAAUGAUGCAGUUACACUCGUUAAAGGUUAUUUUCAGCAGUGGAUACCGACCCCAGACAACUUCAGAUCUCUUCUAACGAUUCCAGAGGAACACUUUCACAAGUUGGAAAAAUCAGCAGAUCCGGCAGAUAAAGAACAACUGGAACAAGAAUCCCGUGCGCUCGAAAAAAUAAAGAAGCUUGAGCUUGUUACUGUCCUGUCAAGACGUAAAAUGCUUCCGGUCGGCUUUGAACUUUGCAUGUGUGACACUGUCCAAGACAUCCUGCAGGAACCGCAAUUUUAUCAUUUGUAUUUCAAAUAUCUAAAAUCACUGGAAAGUGUUGACGUAAAUUUAUUACAAGAUAUCGUCAGCUCAUUCUAUUCGGUUCUUAAAAGCAAUAACAAAGUGGCUAGAAAUGCAGACAGUGUAAAACAGUUCACUACAUUAGCGUUUUCACUCAUUGAUUUCAUGACAGAAUAUGGGUACUACACAGAUGCGGAAAAGGUGAUGUCGAUAUUAAUGUCCUUUUUACGCGAGUCACACCAUUUGGACAUCUGGAUGACGAAAUAUCAUGGAUACAUAAAACUGAUGCACUUGCGAAAUCGUAACUACAAUUUUAUGGGAGCCAGUCAGGCGUAUCAGGCAGCAGUUGAGAUGACUUGGCAGAUAAAGAUGAUGUCGUUCGGACAAGAUAUUCUCAACGAAGCCGAGAUUUAUACAGAGUUGAGCCACAUGCUGCUAGAACUUGGUUCUGUCAAUCCAGCCUUUGCAUGGUCACAAAAUGCUCUCAAGGAAGUCAAACCAAGUGACAAAAUUGUGUUGAUAAAUACAUUGUGCAAUGCUGUGAUGGCGUACUGUGCAAAAUGGCAGAUAAAACGUGCUGAAAAACUUGCAAUAUAUACAGUCCAGUUGGCAAAACAUCACUUUGGUCAGCGUAACCCGCUAUACCUGAAAGCACUGCUUCAUUUGUGUCAUUUCGCCACCGAGUUCAGACAAGAUGAAUCAUGCUUGCAGCUAGCGAUGUUUUCUCUGUCAACUGCCAAGAAGAUUUACUGCUGUGACACCAUAGAACUGGCAUUUGCACACCGUGCCGUCAGCAAGGCCCUGAUGGUGUUACAGAAGUUCGAUACAGAGAAAUAUUUCUACCAUUCGUUCGAGGCGCUGAGAAUAGCAAAAAAAAUUCUGACAGAGGAUCAUCCAAUGUUGUAUCUCUUCCUGCAUACUUCAGCUUCGGCCUUGCAAUGGAAGGCAUUCCAUGCCAAUAAAGAGACACAGGAUGCUACAUUGCGAAUGGCAGAGGCCGAGGCAAGAAAAGCAUUGGAACUUGUCAUUCAACAUUAUGGGGAGGUCAGCUUGAGGACAGCUCAGGUCUAUGCUCUGCUCGGACAAGUCUAUUCUAAGAUGGACAGGGAAACUUUACCAGACAGUGAGAAACAUCCAUUGCAGUUAGCAGAAGACAUGAUGCAGACAAGUGUUGCACUGAUGAAGCUGUGUCAGUCGAGCAACAGCUACUUCCGGCUCCUGGCUGCGGCUACCCUCGGAACUUUCUACAAAAUCACUGAGAAACCCAAAGAGUGCAUUAUGAUAUUGAAAAAUGUGGUCGAUAAUGUUGCAAGCACGGAACAUAUAAGAGAAUCCUCAGGUGUGUACAUGAAGUGGAUCCACACAUGUUUUGAAAAUCUCAUCCACACAUUGCAGUCCCUCAACAUGAACAAGCAGGUGGAUAGUGCACAAAUACAACUCUCGCAUUGGCUAAGGGAGAACCCCAAAUUGGACAGUACCGUUACCAUAGCGACGCUUCAUGAAGAACCACAGGGCUUUGAACAGUUCAUGACAGAUUUCAACAUUUGGGAUAAGAAAAUGAAAAAAGCGCUAAAUUUUGCAAAAGAAUUGAAGGAGACUGAAGACAUAGUUGAAAAAGCUUUUAAGUUAUAAAAGUGUUUGACAAAUCUUUUACUGUAUCACCUUUGUUUACAAUACCUUUGGAAAGCAAAUACAUCAUUAUAAAGACCAAAGAGCUAUAAAAAUAAAUAGAUCGGCAACUUGAAAGGCAUAUAGAGCAAAUCUCGCCAACAUCCCGUGACAACUGAAUGAGAUCUCGUUGUAAGCGUCUGUUGAUCACGAUUGAUCAAGUCGGCAAACGCUUUUAAAUAAGGUUACUUUCGGAUCGAUUGUUUAUAAUGAUAAUUGUGCUUUUUAAAUGUUAUUAGUAUUUUCUACACGGGGAAGGAAUGAAUUUAUGGUUGGAAGUCUAAGAAAUCAACAGUUUUCGUUUGAAAAAAGGACUCGAUUCGGUUUAUUACGGGCCGGGCGUACCGCCAAUUUUAUACUUCAGUAAGUGUCUGUUGAUUUGAUCACGACUGAUCAAGUCGGCAAACGCUUUGAAAUAAGAUAACGCUCUAACACGAGAUGACACGGGAUUAUCCCCAGUUGCCAUUCUGUGUAUAUUUAGUUCUUUGUAAAGACCAACCAGACCAGUGCCUCAGCAAAAUAACCUUUUCAUAAAUAUAAAUAAACAAACAUCAGUCUAAACUCCAGUGAUAUCUCUUCAAUCAGUGGUUACUUUGUAUUAAAAGGCAUGAACGGCCAUGAAUACUCGGAACUGUAGGUUCACUGUUUUUGGCAUAGAAUUGUAUCAUUCUUACUGUCUUUUUCAUUUCUUUUUCCUUUCCUUCUACCCUGUUAACAUUUUGUAUGCAAUUUUCAUAUCUUUUGACGUAGUAAUUAUUAUGUUAUAUAUCUGAAUAUGCCAAACUAUGUCAUCAAGUUGUUUUUACAUUGUACUUUAAUAGUUGAAGGAUAUGUAUUAAGGGUAGCUGUAUAAUAAAUGACUGUCAAAAGUGGAGAGAAAAAAUCAUCAUUACAUGGAUAUUACAAUAAAUAUAUAUAGUACUGUGUUCUUCAUACCAAGAGGGACGGUAAAAAAGUUUCAAGAAACGUUCUCUGUAUGCUAUAAUAUUAAGACAAAUUUAAUUAUUUUUUUACAUAUUAUGUCAUAAAGUUAUAUGUAUAUACAGUGUACUGUUAUUGAUUACUUUUAUGACCUCCCUCCACUCGCUGAAUUUGUUUGUUUAUUUUUAAAUUUUAGAAUUUUAUUCAAUGUCUUAAAGGUUAUUAUACAUUCUUAUUGAGGUCUGCAGUUUGCAUAAUCAGAUUCUGUCCUAUUUUGAUAAAAAUGAAAAACUCUUAAAGUUCCGUAAGGCUUUUAAUUUUAUGUUAAAAACACAUAAAGAUGCUAACCAUUUAGAUGUUAUGCAUAAUUAUAUUGUACAUGAAAUUAUACACUUACAAACAUAAAGGGAGGUAAUCAUAAACAAUGGAUUCAAUAAUAUUUUCUACUAUCAUAGUAAAUGUUCAAACCUUUAGUGAAUGUUUGAGAAAAUAAUUACCGAAAAUAGGAUUUAACAAGCAACAGACAUAUUUAUGUUAAAAACAAAAAAAUAUGGCAGCAACAUUAUAAACAAUGCAUUAUGAGCCUUUGACAAUUUCUGGAACUUUUUGACCAGCCCUCAUAUAUAUCUGCACUGUAUGUACAUACACUAAUUAUGCAACCGCACAUAUAAGCAAUACUUGUAUAACAUAAUUAAAUUCAUCAAAACUAGGGUUUAUUUAACAUUUCUUCCUUGAACAAUAGAUAUUUUGAUACUGGGAAAACACAUGCUCUUCAUGAAAUUCUGAAAUACAGUUUUAUUUAACACAAUCAUGUGACCAGCAUUUUAUCCUGUUUGCUGAUUUUUAUACUUUCCUUCAGCGAUGUUUUUAUUUCUUUUUUCCUUACUGUAAGUGUAAGGCAGUGUUUUAGAUCAUUUGAGCCGUGCCAUGAGAAAACCAACAUAGUGGCUUUGCAACCAGUGUGGAUCCAGACCAGCCUG